AUGAGUUUGAGCAAGCCCUACGUGAUGAUUGCGGUUAUGCUGGUGACUAUCCGUGAGUCUCCCGUUUUGACUCUACCGUUUUCUAUUCUGUUCUUAAUGUGUGCAUCUAGCUACUGGGACUGGGGCGCAGAUGCCGAUGCCAUGGAGAAGUCUCCAGUGUUUGAUGGAAGCGAUACUUCCCUGUCCGGAAAUGGUGCCUCAAUUCCAAACCAAUUGGAUAUCAAGGUACCUCUGGGCAAUUAUACACCUACAGUCCUCCCGCCUGGAACUGGUGGAGGCUGCGUCACUAGCGGUCCAUUUGCUUCCUAUAUAGUCAACAUGGGCAAUCAUGGCGUAUGGGACUUUCAGUCCGACCUCCAGGGCUUGCCGGGGAGUGGCUCGCUAGGUGUUCAUGGUGGUGGUCACUAUGCUAUGGGUGGUGACCCUGGCCGCGACGCUGACAACAGUCCUGGCGAUCUGGGCUUCUGGCUUCAUCAUGGCAUGAUCGAUCACCAACCCGCCUCUCCUAAUGUCACACUUGAGACAGUCAUUGAUAUUGGACAUGCUAACGGUGGUCCUAUUGCCAUGGCCUAA